CCAAGACAGUCCACUCACUCAAGGCCUCAGUUCCUUGCUGGCUGCCUGUUGGCUGGAGUCUUUAUAUCCUAGCCACAGGGCCCACAUCCUCACAUGUCAUUGUCUUCCCUUGGAGCAAGAGAUAAGAGAGGAGAGAGAGGACGGUGGAAGUCACCAUGGUUUUUAUGAUCUAGUUUUGGAAUUUUGCUGCUGCUCCUGCCACAUUCUGUUUGCUGGCAUCACUAGGUACUAAAGACUUCACCUUUGAAGGGAGGCACAUCAAAGAGCUUGUGAACAUAUUUUAAAACCACUCCUGUGGGAAAAGAGUGCCUAUUCCUGUAAUUCCAGUUGCAGUUCUGGAUCUAGUAUUCAGUUGGGUCCUAAUCAUGUGAAUCUGAUUAGUUAGCUAGCCCUGGGUAAGGAGCCCUCCCCAAAGUUACCAGAACCACACUAAGCUUGUGGGAAAGUGGAUUUACCCAAAGAAAAUCCAGGUGCUGUUACAGAGAGAAGGAGUGGAUGUCAGGUAGUCAAAUUGACCCCUAUGUCUGAUACAUGCUAUCUAUUUCAAAUCAGAAAAGUUUACAAGCAGGGCAUAGCAAGAAUUGGACAUUUAUUCAGACAGGUGAAUGUGUAUGUUUAUUUUAUGCCACGCACUAUGCUUUGUCCUGGGAAGACAAAGGCAAUAAACAAGUGAUGCCCUUCGAAGUUCCUCACCAUCUGGGGGGAAGGACACAGCAGCUCGCUUGGGUCACCCGUGGCCAAGAGGUGAGCUUGAGGGUGUGCACACGAUGACGGACAGCAAGGACUUAGAAGCCGAGAUCCACCCCCUGAAGAAGGAGAACAGGAAGGUGCAGGAACAUCUGGGAAACCCAGCGGGAAAGGAAACCAGCGUGAAGCCGCCCCCGCAGUCCCGCCUCUCCCGGUGCCGGAUGGUGGCCUUUUUUCUUUCGCUGUUCAUCUGCCUUUUCGUGGUGUUCGUGGUUUCUUUCAUCAUCCCAUGUCCAGACCGGCCAGCGUCACAGGGGGUGUGGAGGAUCGAUUACAAGGCAGCAGUCGCCUAUGACUUUCUGGCCACAGAAGACGUGAACAAGGACAGGAUCCAGGAUAUUCUCUUUCUUUAUAAAAACACCAACGGCAGCAGAAGCAAUUUCAGCCUCUCCUGUGCUGAUGAAGGCUUUUCCUCCCCCUGCACCUUUGUGGCUGCUGUGUCGGGGGCCAAUGGCACCGUCCUCUGGGAGAGGCCCGUGGCCCAGAACAGGGCCCUCGUGGAGUGCGGUGUCCCCCAGCCGAGGGGCAGCGGGGAGUCUUCUGCCUGCAUCAUCCUCGGCAGACCUGGCCCUAUCAUUGCGGUAGACUCGGUCACAGGGGAGACCCUGUGGAGCCAUCCCAGCAGCUUCGGGGGGAACGUGUCCGUCCUGAGCCCUCUGCUCCAGGUGCCCGACAUUGAUGCUGAUGGGGUCCCAGACCUGCUGGUCCUCACCCAGGAGGAGAACCAGGUCAAUGGCUACGUCUAUUCAGGCGGCACCGGGCAGCAAAUCGGCCCCCCGGGCAGCCUGGGUGUGGACGGAACCAGCGGCUCCAUCCUCUAUGUCACCAGUGCAGGCGCCCACUACGUCCUCAUCCCCUGCGGCACCUCCCUCUGCAGCCACUCAGUGAAGGGCCUGUAUGAGAAGGCCACCGGGAGGGACAGCUCGCUCAAGAGCGACCCCCUCUGGGAGGGCAGGCUCAAUGCCACCUUCCACAGGCUGCAGGAGCACAGCUCGGGAGCUGUCCGCUACCUGAUGAACGUUCCAGGGAAGGCGGGUGAGGACCUGCUUCUCGUGAGUUCUGAGGCCUGCGUGCUGCUGGACGGGCAGGAGCUGGUGCCCAGGUGGACCCUCGGUGCAGCCCAGGUCCUGAGAAAACCCAUCCUCGGCUACUACAAACCCGACACCCCAGCCAUGGUCAUUGAGAACGGGACCGGCUCUGAGAGACAGAUCCUGCUCCUAGACCUCAGCUCCGGGGCUGUCCUGUGGAGCCAGGCUCUCCCAGGCCUCCCCAGGGACCCGCGGUCCGCCAGCCUUCCCACCGCAGACCACCGCUCCGCCUUCUUCUUCUGGGGCCUCCAUGAGCUGGCUGGUGCCAACCAGACGGAGCCCGGAGCCGCCGGGCACCGCCUGUACAUGUUCCACCCCACGCUGCCUGGAGUCCUGCUGGAACUGGCCAACAUCUCCACCCCCAUUGUCACCUUCCAGGUGGUUCUGCUUGAGCCGAGCCGCCAUGCUGCCUACAUUCUCCUGACGGGCCCGGCCAGCCCGGAUCCACCCGGCCUGGUCUCUGUGGCCAAACACAAGUUGCGGGACCUCAUCGCGAGCAGCAAGGUAGUCCACCUGGCUGAGGGCAGCCCCGACAGCGACCAGGUCGUCAGGGACCGGUUCUCUCGCCUGCGGUACCGGAACGAGGCCUAGACGUGGUUUGGCCAGAGCCCGAAGCAGAGCCGGCUGCUGAAGUUUCACAUCCUGGGAAGUCAGCCCUUCACUGGCUCUGUCUGCACGCCGACUCCUGACCUGGUGACCUGGCGACGCUCUCCACUGGGCCCAUCACCCCAGGGAUGUGCCAGGGCCUCUCCCCUCUCCUGCCAGCAUGGCAGGUCCUCACUCAGGUCCCCACUCCGAGCCCCACCCGGGUCUCCCUGGGCAGAGCCUGUGCUGGCAGGAGCUCACCCUCACUCCUCCAUGCCUGGCCAGAGCCUCAGCUGCAGAAUCCCCUCCCUCUUUCCAUCUGAGCCUUGCCUUCUCUGCACUGUCUCCCUGGAGUCGUGGAGCUCAGAGGGUGGUGGGCCCUGGGGUGGCUUGAGGCAGGCCCACACCCCAGUGUGGUUGGUGGUGACUCACCCUGGAGAGCCCAUGAGGAAUGGGGCCUGGGAGGAUGUGACGGAUGGGCUGCCUGGAGCUGUGAGUGUCCCGAGGACCUGGCCCCAGGAUGCAUCCUGGGGUCACCGUGCACCCCUGGGUACACACUGGAGCUCCUUGUCCCUCAGGGAUCCCUGCACCCCUGGGUGUGGCCAGCAGCCCCUCCUUCCUGGUGCUUGGACACCCCCCCCACAGUCAGUGUCACCUGAUGCAAGACUCACCU